AUGAACGACACUGAUCUGAAUAUCGAAGCAUUAAUCAUAUCGAAACAGCCAAUAACAUGUUCGAUUCGUGCUGAUCUCUCACCAAUAGUAAAACAAUCGAAUGAAGUCAAAUCAGAUCGUCGCAUCAACGGAAGAGAAAACACUCGUCGAUCAUCUACUCAUUUACCCGUCACAUAUUCGACAAGUAUUUAUAUCCCAUAUCAUUCAUCAUGGGCUAAACCACGCCUUUUUACAAUUUCACCUACACAAUCAUCUGGCUGUCAUCAUCAUUGUCCAAAAUCACCGACAAGUAUUCAGCAGAAAACUUUAACAUCAAGAACAGCGAACAGCUUCAAUCGACCAACUACAAUCUCCACAAUGACCCAAACGUCACCCGGCUAUCUAUCUGUCUCGAAAACACGAAGUCAAUACAAUCGAGUAUCGCUAUCUGAUCGUCUUGCUAAAGAACCGCUUCGCUUUAAUUCUUCUAAACGUUCUACAUGUUCAACUCUUGUCUACAACUGGUUUUGUCAUCUACCCGGGAAAAUCUCAUCUCUUCAUAAAGAACGUCAAUCGGAUAACUCUAAAAUUCAUCGACACAGACUACUGAAUAAACUCAGGUGA